CCAAAUCCGUUUCAUUUAAAAUUUUCAAAUUGAAACGGAUUAGCCAAAUCCGUCAUGCACUGCCAGGAAAAAAAAGUCUGAUUUGCACUGCCAGGAAUGGAUAUUUUUUUGUUACAUAUGUUGGUAAAUUACUCUUGAUAUUUCGCCAAUUUGGCGGUUUAUCUUUGAGGAUUUAAUGAGGAAUAUGGAGGUUUUGAAGUAUAAUGACGUGAUACUCAGUGCUUCAGACGUGGAUGCUUUAGGGAGUCAUUGCUACUUGAAUGAUCAAGUCAUCAGGUUCUACUUCAGUUACUUGUCGUCUUUGUGCAGUCAAGAUGAUGUUGCCUUUGUACCACCUUUAGUGUCCUUUUUUUGGCAAACUGCGAUGAGGAAAGCCGCAAAGAUGUUGUGGAUCACCUCAAAUUGGGCAACAAGCGCCUUGUUUUAUUCGCUGUCAACAAUAGUGACGAGUUUGGUGAGGGUCAGAGUGGAUCACGUACACUGGACUAUCUUCAUAUUCGACAGAACUAAACACUCCUUCCUUCAUCUGGAUACUAUGCAAGGGGAGAAUCACAUCCCUGCCUUCAAACUCUAUGAUUCUGUGAAGCAAUAUGUUGGUGUGGAAUCAGACUCAAUAAAGGAGGGGGCUAAGAAUAAGAAGAAGAAUAAGAAUAAGAAAAAAGCUCCAAACACUGCUGUUGCUUCCAUUGAGGUGUCCUUUAAGGAGUGUGAGGCUCCUCAACAAACAAAUGGAUAUGAUUGCGGAGUGUAUGUGAUGGCAAUCGCCGAGGCUGUUUCUGAUUUUUGUCUCUCUGGCAAGACUUACAAUGACGUGGACUGGCUGUCUUUUGUUGUGAAAAAUGUUGAUGGCUUCUAUUGAGGAGACCUUCAGGCAAGAGAUCAUGCGACUUAUUGAAGAUUUAAGAAACAGCGACUGAUAUGUCAGGCUUCUAAGGAAAGGGAGAGAGACACUCCAUAGGAGUUCGAAUACCCUUUGUCAAGUUUAACUGCCUUUGUCAAGUUCAACACGGCAACACCAAAAGCAAACAUCAACACGGCGGAGUUCAAAUUUACUGCAUUUCUUCUUCAAAGUUCAAUUUCUUGCCUGCAUAUUAUUCUUCACUUAUACAACUGGCUUCGCUGCCACCAUGCACACCUCUUAGCAAGCUGUAAAAGUGUAGGGAUUGGACUAAACAUGGUUGGUAGAAAAGGAGUGUUAUGUUGCUAAUCCAACAAACCAAAGAUAGUUCAAACAGCUUCCGUAAGAGGGAGAGGUGUAAUUUUUGAUGCAGUGCAGUUGGAAUGUUGGAUGUCCCCUUGGUUUUCUAGCUAGCUAAGGAUGCUUAAAUUUCUUGCAGACAUGUUGUGUUCCUAAUGGCAUUAGCACUGGAGCAGGUCAGGACCCCAAU